ACCUCUGGAACGUCUACAGAACUAUGAACAUUAUUCUGAGGAACAAAUGUCAAAGAUAAGGACUCCGAACUCGCCGUGUUACCCGACCAGAUCUACUCUCGUUGGGUACGCCACGGUGCAGUACAGCAGCGCUCCCAUGCGAUGCGUGGAUGCAGAGCCGAAUGUGCUAAAGAAGGUAGCCCUGAACACUAUUCCUGUUUUGUGGGGUAAUCGCUGACACUCAGUGAGGACUAGGUCCUAUGGCGAGUGGCGAGACCAAUUUGUCCCUUCUCCUUUUCUGAA